CUGUCAAUGCAGCUCAACUCCAAAUGCACGUCCAUGCCAGUGUCGGCCGCAUUGUGUUCCGCCUCUCCCUUGUUUUCCCGAUGUAAUGAUUGGCAUCAGAUGCUCCCGCCACACCCUGCUCAUUUCAUCGCUCACACCGGCCCUCUGGCUGACAGGCGUCUCGUUAGUGCACCGUGUCUGUCGGCGAAGUACGAGAUUGAGCUGUGCCCUCGUUGUAUCCCCGACGUCUCCUUCCCGCACGGUCUGAGUCGUCAGCCGAGAACAGACGGUCCUCCCUGGCCCCGUACCUUCAAGAUGUCACUUUUAUUAGAAAUGCUAUUUCUGUCCCCCUACGCACCAAAGAAAAACAUUUGGUUUCACGUUGCCUCCUUUCUUUCCUCUCGCUUGUCUGGUCAGGUGGAGAUGAAGAUGAAGAAGACCGAGGCCAUCCGAUGGGAGAGCCUGGAGGGAGAGGGACAGGAAUCCAACAUCAAACACUUCGAUCCCAACGAGUACCCGACAUCGUCCCAGCACAGCCGCAAAUGGGACAAAAUCGUGGUGGACAUUAGCGAGGAGGAGAAGAACGAGAAGCUGGAGGGAGACGCGGCCCUCAACAAGGUCUUCCAGCAGAUCUACACCGAUGGUUCAGACGAGAUCAGACGUGCCAUGAACAAGUCUUUUACGGAGUCACAUGGCACAGUUUUGAGCACCAACUGGAAAGAUGUGGGCAAGAGAAAAGUGGAUCCGAGCCCGCCGGAUGAUGUCGAGUUGAGGAAGUACUGAACCUCCUUACCUCGCUCUCUCUCCUCCGCUUCCUUUCCCCCCCGCCCCCCUCUCAGUUUGACCUCGGUCCCUGCAUUCCACUCAGUCUCCUCCUCCGACCUGUGGUCUUCCACCAACCAGUACAGUUCAUUUCAGUCCAUGGGAAUGCAGUGGAACCUCCAUGUACAAACUUAAUUGGUUCCUGGACUGGGUAGAUGAAUAGAAAAGUUCCUAUAUGCGUUUCUAAAUAUUAAAAAGUCUGCUUACAAUAAAGCCUAAGGGAGCCGCUCAAUUUUGCCUAUAAAGCAGCUAAAAAAACUCCAUUAAGGUUUUAUAUACAUCAGGGGCGUCACCCUUAGAGGGCUGCUUGUUACAAUAAAUGUAAGAAUAUAAAAGUAUAAUCGCCUCAUAUUAUUGCACAAUUGCCUAUGCAUUUGGUUAUUUAAUUUGUGCACGUACAAAUUGUGAAGUGAAUUAUAUUUAUAUAGCGCUUUUCUCUAGUGACUCAAAGCGCUUUGCAUAGUGAAACCCAAUAUCUCAGUUACAUUUAAAC